CCCCGCACCAAACCCCGGUCCCAAUCCGCCUUCCUCCUCCUCACCGACGUCUUCGGCCUCAACCUCCUCCAAAACAAGCUGCUAGCCGACUCCUUCGCCCGGGCAGGCUACCUCACCCUCGUCCCAGACCUUUUUGCUGGCUCCCCCGCCCCGUCGGACAUCAACGACCCCGCCUCCGCCAACUUUUCCAUCCCGGCGUUUUUAGCAGCUCACCAACCCCCCGUCACAGACCCUAUCAUCGCCUCCGCCAUCUCCCACCUCCGCGGCAGCCUCAACAUCUCGAGUAUCGCCGCGGCGGGCUACUGCUUUGGGGGGCGGUACGCACUCAGGGUUGUCAACCCUUCCCCAGGGGGGGCAGACGUAGCCUUUGCCGCGCACCCGAGUCUGCUGACUGAUGAGGAGAUCAGCGGGGUGGAAAAGCCGGUCAGUGUCGCGGCGGCGGAUAGGGAUGAGCUGCUUACUGCGGCGAGGAGGGCGGAGGUGGAGGGGUUGCUUCUGGGGGCCGGGGGGAGGUAUCAGGUUGGUGUUUAUGGGGGGACGCCGCAUGGGUUUGCGGUGAGGGCGAACUAUAGUGUGGAGAGUGAGAGGUUUGGGAAGGAGGGGGCGUUUUUGCAGGCGGUGGGGUGGUUUGAUGAGUUUUUGGUAGGGAGGGGGUGA